UUCGCCGCGGUCGUUCACUUUGAGUUCAUCAAGCAACGAUCGAACAUCAUCUCUCGUCUGGAACUGAGGCCCUUGCUCUGGAAGCAGCGCUAAAAUUCAGCGAAAAAUUAGGAAAGUGUAGCAAGAAAACCUGUCGAGAAUUUCUUCCAAAGAGGCCUGUGAGAAGUAAGAAAAAGAUCAAAAUGGUGUCUGCUGGAUUGGACGAAAGCAAGGUGGAUUUCGAGCACCUGGAGGAGGAGGAGUGCGGCUCGGAUGAUUCGGACUCCGCCGGAGUUCCGGCGGGGACGCUGUCGUCCAAGUUUGACCGGACGGACACGUCGAUCAACACGCACCCGUUGCCGCAUGGGCGGUACACGCUGAUCGGGAUCGAUAUCGAUACGACCGGCCGCCGGCUGAUCGACGAGAUUGUCCAGAUCUCGGCGUACACCCCGGAGCACCAGCACUCGCAGUACAUCAUGCCGCUGAUGAACCUGAAUCCGGCCGCCCGGCAGCGGCACCAGGUUCGCGUCAUUACGGUGGGUUUCUUCCGGAUGCUGAAGAGCAUGCAGACGUACCGGGUCGUGAAGACGAAGACGGAAGUGUCCGCGUUGAACGAGUUCAUCACGUGGCUUGAGGAGAGGCUCCGGGAGGAUGAGGGAUCUGAUGGGGUGGUGCUGAUCUACCACGAGCAGCGCAAGUUCGUGCCGUACAUGGUCAUCGAGGCGCUCAAGAAGUACGCCCUGCUGGACCGGUUCACGGCCACGGUCAAGUCGUUCGCGAACGGGUUCAAGCUGGCCGAGCAGAAGUGCACCAAGACGAUCAAGUACUUCUCGAUCCGGCAGCUGGCGGAUCUGGUCAUCGGCGAGGACGAGGCCAAGGGUGGAUUCGAGGGGAACGCGGCGUACCGGGCUCGGCUCGCGUACCAGUUGGCGCGGAAGCUGGCCAACGAUGGCGCCACCCCUUUGCACAGCACGGACCUGACUGCUCCGGAAACCGACGACGGCAACAAGUCGGACACCACCACGGAGGCCGACACCGAGAGCGGUGCCGAAAAUCCGAAGCCCCAGCGCAAGAGCUGCGCCAGCAGCGUGGACGAGAACAAUAACGAGGUCGUCGCGUCCUCAACCGUGACCACCUCGGACGAUGAACAAACAUCGCAACAGCAGCAGCAGGACCAAUCCACCGUCCUCGACAGCUCCGUGACGGUCGAAGUGGACGACGUCACCGGACAGCUGACGACGGUGCCGGAACCGCAGCCCCGCUCCCGGCCCACGACGGAAGCCGAGCGGGAGCAGAUGUGCACGGUGCUGUGCGAGCUGGCCUCGCCCAUCUCGUGCGAAAUCGGCGAACUCGACGAGCAGGAGAAGAUCCUGCUGCGCCAGAACUCGCUGCGGCCGGUCUUCCUGCAGUACUUCAAGACGACCAUCUACCACAGAGUUAAGGCUGUAACGUACAGACGAGUGCUGGCCGAGUACGGACACGACUUUGAGUCGCUGCGGCAAAUCUGGACGGAGAGCAAGCGCGAGGGCCUGGAGCAGGUGAUCGCGAAGCUCACCGAGCUGAAGGAGGACGAACGCACCGAGCUGUGCGAGCUGCUCGACUGCCACUACGAUCCGGACAAGCAGCAGCUGAAGCCGGUCGUGAAGCGCGUGCGACGUCGCACCUCCAGAGGUCGCCUGUUCUUCGCCAAUAAGAACAGCAACACGAACAACAACAAUAGCUUCGCGAACAACAGUAACGUCAGCAACAAGGAGAACCGCAAACCCAACGGCGGCCCUGGAGGACGUAACAACAACAACGCGAACCAGAAGAACUUCAACCAGCAGCAGCAGCAGCAACCGUCCUCGCCGACCGGAAACAAAAAGUUCCGUCAGCGUCAGCCGAGACGUCGUCGCAACAAUAACAACAACAACAACACCAUGGACAAGCAGAAUGAUCCCAACUUUAACCAGCCACCGAUCAUUCAGGCGAGCGCCUAAGUUUGCCAACUUGAUAGUUAAGGAGAAAACUCGCCUAAUUUGAAUUUGAUUCCAAGUUUUCCUUUUUAUUAGUAAGCACUGAUUAGUAGUUUUUAUCAACGCGAGAGAGCGCAAAUCAGCCAUCGGCUGCGAUGAGAGAACGAGAGAGAGAGAGAGGGAGAAAUAAGUACAGGAGUGUAAGAGAGAGUGUUCAGGGAUUUGAGGAAGCCGCCAGUGAUCGAAGAUCUUCCUUUCAAUUCCGUUUCCUUCUUUUUUUUCUUUUUAAUUCAAACGUUAUCUGCAACACACGGUUUAGACAUUAGGGGUGAUAUUAGUUGAUAACUAAUGUAAUUUUAAAAUGUUUAUAUUUUACCUUUACUCCAAAAAUUACAUUAUUGUAAUUCCACACUUUUAUUUACACAAUUCUCCAGAGCGAUUUAGGGUUAGACGUCGAAAAUGCUCUUGAAAUUGCUUUUGAAUUUAUCGCACAAAAAAAAAACAGAAAAGUGCAGCGCAGUGUCACACAGCGCGGCUUUUUUGUUGCGGUCCAGCUAUUACGGCGAAAAGUUUACGCGAAGAAGAAGAAAAACCUAUACACGAAGAUUGUAAACAUUUGAAAUGUAACGGAACCGUUGAACGCGCGCCAGAAAUGCACACGUGGCCUCCUGGUUCGGGAAGAUUGUGUGUUACGCGUGUCGAUAGUUGCCGAAGGUGAAGAAGAAGAACACAAUAUCUACUAGUUUCAUUGUAUGAGAGAGAGAGAUAUGGAAACAUCCUUGGAAUGAUUUGAAUUUGUUGGUUCCAGCCAAACCGCAAGGCCCCGUCGUCUGCGACGUUCUGGGGAAACUUGUUUAGCAGCGCAAAAUAUAGCGAAAGCAAAAAAAA